CGGAUUUUAUUUCAGCAGUGAAUUGCAAAAAGUUACGUACUCUAGCAAUUUUUAAUUCAACAAUGAGUAGCAUAGAUAUAAAAGCAAUUUCACAAAUGAAAUGUCUGAGGACAUUAAAUUUGAGCCACAACAAGAUGAGAGAAAUUCCAGAAGAGAUUGGUGAAUUGAUACAUUUGAGGUAUCUCGACUUGUCUCAAAAUUACAUGGAGAAACUACCAGACAGUUUGGGGAAUUUAUACAACUUGCAAACCUUGUGUCUGACUGGCUGCUUGGUGCUUAUAAGACUGCCUGAAACUAUGGGGAACUUGAUUAAUUUAAAGCAUCUUCAUAACGAGGGUUGUUCAUACCUGGGGUACUUGCCUAGAGAGAUGGCGAGAUUAACAAGUCUGCAAACACUAAAUGAGUGUACUCUCACCGAUGAAGGCUUGAAACUAGGAGAUCUGGGAAGCUUGGACCAGCUUCAGGGUAGUCUCUGGAUUAAACUCAAGGAGAAUUUGAAGGAUGCUACGAGUGAUGCAGAGAAGGCUCCCUUGUUGAAUACAAAGCUUCGGUUUUUGAUGCUAUGGUUUUUUGAGCCAUAUCAAGAUCUGGAGGCGUUACAGCCGCAUCAAGAUCUGGAGACUUUAACUAUUUAUUGGUAUGGUGGCACCAGGGUGCCCAGUUGGAUGAUAUCCUUGCAGAAUUUGAGAUAUCUUUGUCUCGAUGGUUGGAGUGAAUGUGAAUGUUUGCCUCCUCUUGGGAAAUUGCCCUUCCUUGAGAAGAUAGACGUAAGGGGAAUGAAGAAAGUGAAGACGGUUAGAGAUGAAUUUUUGGGAAUAAUGGACACUCAGACAUCAGCAUCCUCAUCCUCUGUUUUCUUCCCGAAAUUGAAAGACCUCAGGUUCGACAGCAUGGAUGAGUUGGAACAGUGGGAAGGAGUUGGAGGUGAUGAAAUUACAAUUAUGCCAUGCCUUGCUUCAUUGACAAUUAGCUACUGCACUAAGCUAAUGAACCUGCCACUCUUUCUGCGAGACACACCAGUGAAGGAAGUUUCCAUCAGUAGAUGUCCUCGGAGUAUCGUAAUGCCUGUCUGGCCCGACAACUGUGACGUCCACAUUAGCUUUUUAUGAAUGCGUUUGAGGGUUGAACAGAUAUGAAAAUAGACUCACAGAGAAUGAGGAGGUCACCGCGAUCACCUGAAACUGCAGAUCUGUAGGGAAUAUAUAUGAAUGCAGACUCUGAAAUUGCAUGAGUUUUCAAGCUGGUGAUUAAUCACUAAAGAGAUCAGGACUUGUUGAAGCAGUGAUGCAGUAGCAAGGAGAACUGUCUAAUAUUCUUUGAUCCAUUUGAUCAGCGGAUGACGGGAUGAGGCUUCACCUAAACUAGAUAUUCUUAUCCUAUUGGCCGGGGCUGAAACUUUUUUACAGCAUGGAAGGGAAGGAAGAGUGGAUGCGAGUCAUGUGACCCAAACUGGGCAGAUUCAAAUUCAACCAAAGGAAAACUGAUGUAGGGGAUGGUUCAAUGUGGGUUUUGGGGCUCAAAACAGCUUGGAAUGGUGAAAUCUGAUCAAAGUUGAAUCCUGUUGGACUCCAGGAAUCAAAAUUGGUAGAAUAUUCGCAACUGAGAGGAAGAACAGCAUGAUACGGUCUUUGUCAGCAAAGGAACAGUACGCUGAAGUCCUUAAGGCUGGAUUGUGAGAAACCUAUAAAUUUUUUAGGGAGCUGAGGAUGCUUCCCUGUGAGAUCUUAUUGGAAAGGAAUGCUAGUAAGGUGUAUUGUUUUUUCUUUUUUUCAUGGGUGAAAUUAGGGCUGCUCCUCUGUUGAGAGGGGUAAAGAGGAGUGGUUUAUGAUUGUAAUCUUCUUCAUUACUGGGU